CAAACAUCAUUCUCGCUUCCGGCUAUAAAGAAAGUGGAGUUAUGGGGAGAACAUGGCUGAUGAUGCUGAAACUCUUAAUGAUGGUCACACGGAUGCGCAGUGCAGCAAAUGAAUUAACUUUCUCCGUGUUCACAACGACAUCUAAAAGCAUGACCAUGCGUUGGACGGCACAUACUGACGCCACCUCCUACAAGAUCACAGCAACACCAAAAAAUUUUACCGGGCGUUCGUUUUCCGCGCUGUUUGACGGUGACUCGCUGAUGGGUUCGGUCAAUUCUCUGUCCCCGAACACUGUAUACACCGUGCGAUUAGACGCCAUGGAUGACGCUUUCAAUGUACUGAGCAGUGCAGAGACUGAGGAGACAACAGCUCCUGAGGUGCCGAGCAUUGUCCAAGCCUACUCCAAGCACAGUGACAGCAUCACAGUGGAGUUCACAGAAGUUGCCGGGGCAACCGGCUACACUAUCAGAGCAGGAUUACAGAGUGCUGAGUUCUUCUCAGAAACCACAGUCGACAGUUCCCCAGCCACAGUGGUUGGACUUCAGCCCUACACAGACUACAGACUGAGCGUCAUCUCUAUCAACUUGGGACGGCGGAGCCAACCAUCGUACCCCAUCAAGGCCAGAACAGUGGUGACGGCGCCCGAUUUGAAGACCGCUUCCCCUGAUGACGACACCAUACUGGUCACGUGGACCCCCGUCAAGCACGCCGUCCUUUACGCACUCUGCAUCAUCCGGCAGGGCUCGAGUUCACGUCUCAAGGUCGACACCGCUGACCGCAACGUGACCUUUAGUGACCUCGAGGCCGGGACAACUUACUGCAUCAAGGGCGAAGCCCGGGACGCUGAAGGUCGUGCUGGUGAUGACCUCACCGUGUGUCAGAUUACACGUCCUCGAAGCCCCGAUUUGAUCCACAUCCAGCUGAUUCAGGGUGGCACCCUCAGCAUGGCUGUGUUUUGGGAGUCAGCGCAAGAAGAUGAGGACUACCUGGCUUGGACCAACAACGGCCAAAACUGUACAAACACAGCCAAUAACCACUGUUACAUCAGUACGCUUGGAUGCGGUCAGAAUGACUCGGUCUCUGUCAAAGCAUUCAACUCAGCUGGGCCGAGUUUCCCAUCACAACCAGUUGACUUCAUUACAUACCCGUGUCCCCCCGACAACAUUUGGGUGGAGGAAGCCAAAGCAGACGUCUGCUCGGUAACGUGGGACGAGGUACCCUUAGUGGAAUUCUACAUGGCAUUUAUAAAGAGGGACGACGGCACUGAGGACUUGUGCAACACCACCGGAACCAGCUGCAAUUUUCUUUGCGUUUGUGGUUAUACCUACCUCAUCAGUGUCUUCCCCUACAAUCGAGCUGGCGCCAAUCCUUUUGCGAAUGUACAGAACUACACAACCGUUCCAUGCUGCCCAAAUGCUGUUUCCUUAAAAUGGGCUUCUACAGAAACCCUGGAGAUCACAUGGUCACUGGUCAAAGGGUCCGAGCUUUACCAAACAACAGCGAAGCAAGCUGAUGACGUCGUACGCUGUAAUGACACGGCGCCGGUGUGCGCGUUGUCAGAUUUGAGGUGCAACAAAGUUUAUUCCGUCGUGGUGACAGCGUGUAGUGAGCUACGAGGGUGCAACCGCACUUGCCCGACACACACACAUGAAACAGCCCCAUGUUCUCCAGAGAUACAGAACUUGACACAAUUCAACCACUCCUCGUACCGAGUCCAUUUUACCACUCCAAACACCCAAAACACAGAUUAUACCAUCACAGCCGUCGGCCGCUACGAUUCCCACACUUGCCACGGAAGAAUCACCUACUGCGCGCUAACGCAAUUACCGUGUGGUUCGACGUACGAGGUCACAGCCGUGGCUGUUACAACCGCAGGACGGAGUCUGCCCGGAUACAGUACCAUUUUAGAAACAGGUCCUUGCUGUCCGGAUUCUGUAAACGUGAGGCAAGUCACGCAGUCCAUGACCAACGUGACCUGGUCGGUUGCCCGCGGCACUCGUUCCUUCGUCGCCGCGCUGACUUCACAGCACGGACACGCCAAGUGCCACACUAUGGACACCCAUUGCUUGAUGGGAUGUAUCAGCUGCGGUACCAACUACAGCGUCACCCUGGAGGCCAUCAGCAACACCGGACACGCGUCCCAGUGCAAAUACCAUGGAUUCUCAUCCAGUGCUUGCUGCCCGACAAAUAUCAAACUUUAUCGCUGGGCCAACAACUCCAUUCGGGUGUGCUGGCGCUCCUCUCGGACGCCUCCAAACCAGGAGUACACGGUAGAACUCUACGGGACUACCGGCAACUACACCUGCCACACCGCUCCCGAUGGCAAAAACUGCAACAUCCAGGAGGAAAGCUGUGGGGACGUCUACACAGUGAUGGUGGCGCCGAUCGGACCUGAUGGCGUUAAAGUCGACUUUUGUCAGCAGCGGACGUACUCAGUUCCCUGUCCAGGAUUUAACAGCGGCAUUGUGAUCUCUCGUGGAAGAAGCAUAAAAUAAAGCUUGGGAGCCUUCAAACGACACCGUUACAUGGAGAAGAACAGUGUUUACAUUCAGUGUGCACCUGUACUAUACAUGGAUGGAAUGUUAUACUCUUUUGCGUCAAGAUAUCAAUGUAAUUUGCAUAUUUGUGUGAAUUUUACUGAUGUAACACCCAAUUUUGAUGGUGAUGUUUUUAUUGUUGUUUUUUUGCAAAUGGACAAAAUUACAGGAUAAAAUGGACGUCUGUCACAAAUGUCAGCUGUCAUUGUGCCUCAAUUAGAUCUGAUUAUUAGUUGUUAUUGUGCCAUUUACAUACCUGUCAAAAUGUACAGUUUCAGUGUAAUUUCUACAAGUGAGCACUGAUUUUUAAACGUGUACGUCGUACAUUCAAAAUCUGUUUUUUUUUUUUUUUUUCUCAGUUCGGACUUUGUCACCGUUUCGGCACCGAGACAAUUUGCGUCCCCGUUACUACGUUGGUUGAAUGACGCGAGAAAAGUCAGAGACAGUGAGAGAUAAGAGUGUUUUGACGCUGUAGCAAACGCGAUGCUAGGCUAGGUGGCUCCAAUAUUUCCUGACUGUAGCCAACAGCCAACAAUCUACGCCUAGAUAUCAAAUGCUUAUAGAACCUACAUGCGAAAUGACAGACGGCGGCGUUAAUAAACAGGCGCCAUUUUGAAGCAGUAGACUUUUCAGAAAGACUCUGUUGUAGUGAACCUUCCUAGCGAACUCAAGUAACUUUUCAUCUAAAAUACUCCUAAAUUGGCAAAAUCUUGACUUGAAUCUAUCUUUAAAUGA